UAAAAAAAUGUCAAUCCAUUGCACUUAAUUUUCGUUACGGUUCGAGUUGUACGAUAUUGAAAGAAAUGUUGCUAUCAUAACAUUCAUCAUCUUGGCUAACCUUUCAACCCGAUAUUUCGAGCACACAAAAAAAGUUCUUUAAUCUUGGUUUUAAUGUAAAAACGCACUUUAAAUCUUACAAUUCCAAUAUAUAAUUUUAUUGGAUUUUAUUUAAAAUCAUUUGCACGGCUAAGCCGUUGAGUAAGUUGUUUACUCUUAGAGUUACCAUUUUAAAAUUGAUUUAACAAUGUUAAUAAAUGAACUUCCAGAUGAUUGUUUGUUGAAUAUUUUCGAUUACAUACAAGAUUUAGAAGAUCUAAUAAACUGCUUCAAAGUUUGCGAAAAAUGGAGUACUUUGAUUGUUGACCGGACUAAAAAUGUUAAAUAUUUUAUUGAGCAACCAAAUUAUUCGCCUGAUUCUGUUUGUUAUCAAUCAGAUGAGCCUUUUGAUGUAACAUUUUUGUGCAAAUGGUUUCCAAAUUUAAGGAUUGUCGACUUUUGCACAUGCAAUGGAAUAAUGUCAACCGCUGAUACAGCUAAACUAAUCAGAGAUUCAGAAUCUUUGAAAGGAACAAUCGUUGAUGAUUUCUUCUUUUGGGUUUACACGGCCGAGUUGGAACGGAUAAUGAUGAAUGCUAAUCUCGAAAUGUUAUCUACUGAACAUUUGUAUUUCGACAGAAGUGAAAUCAAUGAGAACGUGAAACAAUUGUACCUUCCGAACCGUAUAUUUCUACCCAAAGAUGUGGCACAUAUUUUCCCAAACCUUGAAAGGCUGCAUAUUCGUUGUCUUGCAUUUUGCGAAAAAUGGCGUAAUUUGAUUACUGUCCGGACUAAAAAAGUUAAAUAUGUUAUUGAACAACCAAAUUAUUCGCCUGAUUCUGUUUGUCAUCAAUCAGAUGCGCCUUUUGAUUUAACAUUUGUGUGCAAAUGGUUUCCAAAUAUAAGGAUUUUCGACUUUUUAACAUGCAAAAGAAUGGCACCAGAGAAUGUAGCAGAUGAAAUAAACAGAGAUUUAGAGUCCUUGAAAGGAAUAAUCGCUGAUGAUUGGUUCUUUUGGUCGUGCGCCAUGGAUCUCAAAACAAACCGCCCCCUGAUGAACGCUAACCUCGAAAUGUUAUCUACUUUAGAUAUGAAUUUUGAAAAUGUCGUUGAAAAUAUAAAACAAUUGCACCUCUCGAACUCUAGUCUAGUUCUACCCAAAAAAGUGACACAUUGUUUCCCAAACCUUGAAAGGCUAAAUAUUAGUCUUGCAGGAGAUGAUUACUCUAAUGGUCCAGUAAUGACAAAUCUUAAGAUAAUUGAAUUGAGGUUGGUUUCAGCUGGUUGGGAUGGCCCUUGCCGUAUAUUUGAAGUCAUGGAUUCAUGCCCAGCGUUACAGAGUGCUCAUAUCAUCAAUGAGGAUGAUCAUUUCACUAUCGAUGAUUCAAUAAAAAAUGCAAACCUACAAGAUUUGGUUUUACAAUUUCUUGAACCAAAAGGAUGGUAUAAACUACCAAGAUGCAUGUCGAAAUAUCCAAAUCUAAAGCAUUUAGCAAUACGAAAUGCCUAUUUAAGUGAUGAAGACAUCAAAAAACUAGUAUUAAUUUUGCCAAAACUGACACUACUUGAUAUUCGUGAAUCUCAUGGAGUCACCCAAGAAGCUGCUGAUCAUGUCAAGGUUUAUUGUAAACAGCAUGGCCGAUCAAUCAAGUUUUAUUUCAAAGCAGACGACAAACAAAUUCAAUCUGAUUGGCCGCAGAUAUUGAAUAGACCAGAAAAAAUUUGUCGUGGAUUUGAUUUCAUGGAACAUUGUUUUUUCAAAAGUUUCGAUAAUUUGCCUUAUCUUUUGGAUCCAAUAGAUGAUUAAAAAUGCAAAUGAUAAAAAUUGUCGAUUCCUUUGUAUUCGUGGAUUUGAUUUCAUGGAACAUUGUUUUUUCAAAAAUUUUUAUCAGUUACCUCAUUUUUUGGAUCCAAUAGAUGAUUAGAAAUGCAAAGCAUAACAUGAUUCGAUCUUUUCUACUUAAUUUUUGUUUUAGCUGUGAGGUUCACGAUAUUAGAAAAUUGUUCAGUCAUUCACAUGGCUAAGCCACCCAACUAUCAUUUCGACUGAGUCGACUAGCUGUGAUACUCCCAAACCUUGGAUAAUUUGCAUUUGCUGAGUCUUUGGCCCAGGAGUUGAGCUCAUUCUUUUGUGUGCUACCGUAAUCGUUACAGACAUUGUAACAAAAAUCUUUUAAAAUCAUUCUAAUAUUUUUUUUGACGUUAGAUGUCUGUACUCGUAAGGUAGGGUAGAUAAAGUUUGUCAGCAAUUCUUAUUUCUUUAACUGUAACAAAAUUAACAGACAUAGUGGCACCAAACCUCAGACAUGGCUAGACACAAGGGCUUGAGACCAAUGGUCCAUUAUCAGUAAUAAAUUAAAAAAACUGAUCUUUUACAUGUUCUUAGUGGUCCAAAAUGUGUUGCCACUUUACUGACAAACUUAUCUACCCUACCUAAAAUGCAAAAUA